AUGGGCUGCGGACCGCAGUCAACGCUGCGACCACAGGCUGCAGGCGGCGGCUCGCAGCUGGUGGCGGCGCGCGGCGCGGCCUUCGCUCGUGUCCCGACACGCCGUGCAUUACGGACCGCGGAGUGGCCGAGCGACCGGGAGGGGGGGGAGGGGGGCGCGGCGCCGAGCGCGGCCGACCGCCGCCGAGGCGGGCCGAGCGGCGGCGGCGGCGCGGGGCCGCGGCGGGCCGGUCAGAGCUGGCUGGUCGGGCUGGCGCGCUGCACGACAAGGCGCGCCGCUCUGGCUCGCGACGACUCGGGCGCGACGCUGCUGCCGGCGGGGGCGGAGCCGACGCUGUGGCUGCCGCCUCUGCUGCUGCUGCUGCUGCUGGCCGCCGCGCCCGCCUCCGCGGCGACGGCGCGCUGCGGGGGCGGCGGCGGCGGCCCGGGGGCGGCCGCGGCGGCCGAGCUGGGGGCGCGAGCGCGCGACGCCUCCGUCGUCGCCGAGGCCACCCUCGUAUCGUCCGGCCCCGUCGCCGACGACGGGCGCUACAACGCGACGCUCAAAGUGACGGCGGCGCUCAAGGGCGACGCCGCCUCGGUGCGGCAGCUCCACCUGCGCGUGCCGCUGUGCGCCGGCGGCGGCGGGGGGCGGGCGCCGCGACGCCGCUCCAAGUUCCUCGUGUUCGGCGAGCCGGUGGGCGCCGGCGUCGGGCUGCGACUCGUCGGCGACCCCGUCGCGCUCAACAGGAGGAACCGCGCCGCCUUCGUCAAGGCCGUCAAGGACGCCGUCUGCGCCGCUGACGGUUCGCGGCCGCAGCUGUCGCUGCAGGCGCUGCCGGCCACCGUCACCGUGCGCGAGGGCGACCGCCUGCGACUGGUGUGCCGCGCGCCCGCCAGGCGGCAGCACCAGCGGCCCCGCCAGCGCCAGCGCCAGCGCCAGCGGCCCGGCUACGGCCGGCGGCCCCGCGGGACGUCGGCGUCGGCGUCGGCGUCGGCGCCUCCCUCCCCCUCCUCCUCCUCCUCCUCCUCCUCCGGCGCAGUCAGCUUCUCCUGGUACCGCGACAGGGCGCGCCUGCUGCCGGCGCCGGCGCACUCGCGCGGCAAGGGCGCGCCGCCCCACCUCAAGAUCCGCAAUAAACCGUGGAGGUCGGUGGUGCUGAUCAGCAAGGUGACGCUCCAGGACGCGGGCCGCUACGAGUGCAGAGCGGUCGUGCCCGGCACCUGCUCCGCGGCCAGCACUUCCACUGUGGUUACCGUCAACAGGAUACCACCGUUCUAUGGAGAACCUUGCCCUGUCGAAUACUGCAUGAAUGGCGGGACAUGCAUCUUGAUUAAGGCUGUAGGAGAGCUAGCUUGCCAAUGCGCAGAAGGAUUCCAAGGCUUCCGCUGCCAGAACAAAGACCUCACGUCAAAUGGGAAACUGAAGAGGUGUGGCCGCGGUGGGAGUGGCGGGAGCGAUGCGAAGGAAGAUGGCGACGGCAGGAGGCGAGCGAGGGGCGGCAGUUGCGUGAUCGGUGGUGGCAGCAGGUGGCACCGGGUGGACGACAGUUCCGCUGCUUUCCAGGCUGGGAAACUGCCUCAUCAGAAGAGCUCAGAAACAGAAGAGUGAGGGACAGAGCAUAGGAGCUGCAGUAGAUCGUCUCACUGUCCAAAAAUCAACCUGCCUCCUGCCUGCUCGCCUUAGCAGAGAACGCUUUUACAUGCCUCCAUGAGCUCAAAAUGCAGUGACAAUGGUUGCCACUGUGCAGACAUGAUUGUAAUGCAAGCCACAUAGGUGACAGCUGGAAACUUCUGAUUAGACUGCGACUUUUGUGUCAAAUAAACUGUGUGUAACCAGAGAGAGUCCGCAAGUUCUGGGAUGCAUUCGUGCCAGAUCCUCUUGUAUUAAAAGAAAUUCAUACCAAAGACUUAAUUAUAACUAUUUAUAUGUAGGGAAAGAGAUGAAUAACGUUAAAUAUUUCACUUUUCCCCUCUUUAUUGCCAUUAUUGCGUAAAAAUACGUGGACAGCUAUCUUUAAAUUAGUGUCUUUACAAAACCUGUUUCCCGUAGAUGUCUUCGUCACAUUGAGUGAGAUAUGGAGAAGUGACUGAUAGGAUGCUAAGUGUAAUGGAGAUACCAAAUAUUUAAUAGAGAACUUUUGCAUUAUGUGUACAAUGAAUGUUGUGAUCUGUGUCUGCUGUUCUUCAAAGAUGUGAUGCUGUUAGUUACAACUGCAGGUACUUCAAUUUUAUGUAACUAAAAAUUCUGAAAAAAACAGUGUUGCUAAUAUGUGUUGUUGUCAGCAAUGUGCAGAGUCUUAGAUAAGCAGUGUACUAUGUUGAGUUCUUCAUAUUCAAGAACCUGAUUUGUAAGUACUGAUGCUAAAGAGGUAGAAGUUGGAACCCACACCAUCAGUUGUAUGUCAAAGGCAUGUUUAGCACUACUUGCCACAUACAUGCUUAUUUGAAUGGUCGUUUCAGCUUGAUGCUGUGUGUUUUAAAACUGAACUGUAGUUACUGUUAUGCUCGUGUCUCAAUGUAAUGUUAUAAGAAAAAAAUUAACUUAUUGUAGUCAAACAAUGGCAGCUUAUAUAGCUGUACUAUUGAAAAAAACUUUUUAAAAAAGAUUACAGCAGCCCCAUUGAAACAAUGCUUUCUGAUGCAAAGGUUUGCUGACUGUUUCUGAAAUGAAGACUCAGAAUAGUAGUUGAAAAUGCCGCAGAUGCAACAGGUUAGGCGAAGUGGUUCCAAAGGAUCUUCAGUUAUUAUAACUUAUAACUAAUAGGGAGAGUGUCUUUAGUUACUACAUCUUCUGUAAAGUUAUUUUUACAGUACUUCACAGUCUCUUGAGCAACCUUAUACAGAGACUGUAACUUAAUUAAAUGCAGAUAUUCAAAAUACCAGACAUAAGCAUCUUACCAUCAAAUAUAUUGCUGACUGUUACAUAACAUCAAUUUGUAUGCCAACUGACUAUUUUUCAGAAAGAAAUCAUUCUUAAAUUAUUCAUCUGUUGUUUGUGUGCUGCAGCUGAAAAUAGAAUUCAACAAGCUAUAAAAGAAUAGUUAUAAAAUUUGUAUCCAAUUUGUCAAAAUAGUACAACUAAGACUAUACUGUCAUGAAGACAGCAAUUCUGUUUUGAAAAGAUCUGAUAAAGUCAUUUUAUAUAGAAAUAACUUUAAUAUAAAGAAAUUAAAGCAUGUUUAAAUGCCAACCUGCCAGAUCGCAAUUUUAUAUUAUUAUUUGUGCCUAUGUUACAAGAAGGAAUAACAGUGAUGAACAUAUGUGUAAUUCACAGCAGCAACAAAAUCAAGGGCAAGUAAAGUAGCUCUCUCAUUUUAAAUAUACCAUGUGAUAAUGUGAACGCUUGUUCACAGACUCAUUCCUACUAAAAUUAUAUUAUGCUUGCUUCCUAUGUAAAUUUGCAAGAGAUCUACCAGAAGAUAGUAUGUAGUCAGUGUCUGACAGGAUCUAAAUUACACAUUCAAUUAUCCACAUAAAUGAUUAAUGAUAAUUUAUGUUGGUCAGAAACAAAUCUGGUAUUUCUCUCUAAUCAUAACAGACAAUAGUACCUCAAUUAUAAUUAAAAAGCACCAACUAGAUAAUUUAAAGUUGUGUUAAAUUAUUGUAAUUACUCUGUAAAUAUCAUUAACCUUGAAAAAAGUAUGUAUAUAAAUGUAUAUGUCUAUAUUGUGCAUAAGAUCGAUGUACAUUUUGUGUUCUUUAAUACAACAGCUUUGGAAAGCAGUUGCUUAGAUUUUGCAUAUAUUUAAUUUUAAAAUUAUUGACCAAGUUUGCUUUAUUUGUAUUGAAUCAAUACAGCCACUUUGACAUGAAUGUGUAACUAAAAAUACUCAGCACAAUGUUUAGACUGAAACAGCAUAGUUAGUUUUCAAAAGGCAUAAUUUCCUUUGAUAUAGAGGCAGCGAACUUUGCAUCUUGUCCAAGGAUUGAUGCAGCUCAUCAAUAUCAUUUCUGUUCUCUGUAGAUGUAUUUAGCUGCCAUUAUUAAUUUGAGUUCAUAUGAUACAGUUAUGAUUCUUUAAGAAAUUAUUUCCUUACAUAUGGUGCAGCCUUUACAGUAAUUUCAAAAUACUUGAUCCUACUGGUACGUGGUUGAGUUUGCUACCUCAAGAGAGCUCAUGUUUCUCUGCAUUGCCUAAUUCUACAAAGAAAGAUAAUAAAUUGUGACAAUAAUAUCUAGAUAUAUAUAAAUAUAUGUCAAUAAUAGCCUCAAGUAAUGCAUUUCUGAUAAAGAGUAUUGUUUGGCCAUCUUUUGGUCUUUCACUGUUUCACAAAUACAAUAGUUUGAAUAUUUGACAGGACAUUGUAUUGCAUUAGAAUUGAUGUGAAUUACAAAAUGAGUAAAGAAAUUUCUAGGAAACAACCAAUGCAAGCAGUAUGGUGGUCAUUUCAACAGUGCAGAUAUUCUCUCAGUAGUUGCUUUAAAUGUUUAAGGUUGUAAUAUUGUUCUAGAAAUUUAGUAAUUUUUAUGUUACCUAUGUAUAUCAGUAUUAUAGUAUAUUAAAUCAAUCUUCAAUCAGUUAUUAAUAACAGCUUCUAAAAUUACUAGUUCAGAUUUCCUCCAAUGAAAAUGAUCACCCUACAUGCAUCAGUAACAUAAAAAAGAAUUGUUUAAAAUUCCAUAUUAUAGGAUUUAUCUUUUAUUCAUAUGUUUUGUGACUGUUUUAUACAAAAUGAGUACAUUAUCAUUCUUGAAAACCAGCAGUAUUUAAAAAAAACUUAUUUUCUCUUUUUUAUUUUUGAUUAAAAUGUACAUAGUUAUAUCUUUUCUUAAUUCAAUCAAUAAAUAAUGUUUAAAAGCACAGUCAUAAAUUUAACUUUGAUUUGUCCCUCUAAUCUCCUUCACUCUCUCAUGGUUGUUUUUGAAUUCCAGAAGUCAGUUUUGUGAUUUUAAUAUUUUAACAUCCAAUCUCACUCAAAAAUGCAUGUACAGAACACACACACAUACUGGCUAUGGCAAUGCAGCCAGCUGGAGUGACAGCUUAUGUCAAAUUGAGUGGGUGGGAAAAGCAAGAAGAAUGAAAAGGUAAAUAAAUGACUGUUGUGUACUGUUUUGAGUUAACAAAAAACCACCACUUACUUCCAAAAAGGGCAGCGCACAAAUCCGUUCCAUUACACAGGAAUGAUCAGAAGGGGUAUAGGUGGGUUGGCAUCUAGCUCAGUUCCUUUUAAAACAAGAGAUGCAAAUCUGGUAAAAAUCAGGCAAUGUAAUAGUUUUCUUCAGAGUAAAGGGAUGCAGAAGAUGUAGCUCAGGAACUUGCAUCUGUUUGGAAGUAGCCCUUCAACUACGGUCCCAGGUGGAACAUGUGAGAACAGGGUAGGCUUGUGUUUACAGAACAGAAGCCAGAAGUGGAAAGCACAGCACAUCUGCUGCAGCCCAUGACUGCCUGCAGCCUGGGCUGUACAUGACUCCUUCCCACAUGCCUAGUGGCAAAGUUCGAAACUGAUGCUUUUCCAAGGCAUCUCUCUGUCAACAGUUCUUACCAUGAGAACCACGCUGAGGCCAGAAUCAUAUGGUGGAAUCAUUGGCAGGCUAUGAACUGUUUUCACAACAAUGAAGUCGAAGUAUAGCUGUUGCAUUUGCAAAGUAUUGGGUUGGUGCAAAAGUUCAUAACUUUUUUCCGUAUGUUUAAUAAUCACAACAGAUACACAUAACAUAGACAUAAGUCAUCAAUAAUGUAUUAUCCUUCAUUAUUUACAACAGUCUGCCAACUCUGGGGUGACUUUUCAAUUCUGGGACUGUAAAAUCACAUGAUUUUGAAGUGAAGAACCCAUUGAGCCAUGUUUGGAGCCCAUUUUCAUUCGGAAAGCAAGUUCCUUGAAGUCUGUUUGAUAGAGAGUAGAAAAUGUGAAAACCUGAGGGUGUAACAUUAGGUGCUUUAGGUGGGUGUGGAAUGACUGUACAACCCAACUUCUGUAUAAUGAUUUUUGUCAGUCUACCAAAAAGCAGGCAGGUGUUAUUGUGUAGCAGCAUCACUUCACACAGUCUUCCUGGUUGUUGUUCUUGGACUGCAUCUGCAAGACAUUUCAGUUGCUGACAGUAAAUAACAGCAGUGAUGAUUAUUAGUACGCCACACAGUCACUGUUUCACAAGAUGCAUAAUGUUAUCUUUUGUGAUGCACACAAGUCUUUCUACAGGAAGAUGCUGUUUAUUUAGCCUCAGCCAUUCCUUUCUUUUCCUUGUGGUAACAUAAAGAUAACAUUUCUCAUCACCAGUAACAACACAGUAUAGGAAUGGUCAGUGUUGUUCAAGAGCUGGUUGAUGAUGAACAUGCAAAGAUAUACAUAUGGCCACCAGCUGAUAUUGUGAUUUUGGCUUAGAGCAUCCAUUAUCCAUACACCCAAUUUUUGAAGCUUUCCCAUUGCAUGCAACAGUUGCUUGAUGGUGUAAUGAUCACAGUUCACCAUACUUACCGCUUCUUGAGUACACUGAUGUGAGUCAUUGAGGAGUAAUGCCUUUAAACAGUCCUCAAUACCCAAAUGUCUUCCUGAAUAUGGAGAACCAUUCAUUUCAAAAUGAGCCUCCUUAAACAAGAAAACCAUUUUCUCGACAUGAUCUGUCCACUGGCAUUAUCUGCAAACAUGGUGCACAUGUACCUGGCUCCCACUGCUGCUAUCACCCCUCUAUCCAACUGAAACAAAGAAUAUGUCAGAGAUGUUUCUAGCAUCCACAGCUUGACUCACUAUCUCCAAAUGAGAAAAUGACAAUACAUAAACUCAAAUAGCAAUAGUAAACGACAAAUAAAAAAUGACAAUCAAUAAAUGAACCCAGUGCAACCAGAGACGGAAUGUGAAACAGGAGGAAGUAAUAG